UAUAUAUACUCUUUAUUUGGUGAGCCCAUGUAUGAAAUGAAAUGAAUUAAUCAAUUAUUAUGGUACGAGAAUUAAUAAGAUGUCAGAUAAUAAGAAUCAUCAAAUUCCUGAAGCAGAGUCACCACCUGAGAGUGAUGACUUGAGCAACAAUUGGUCUCUUGAAUUAUCAGAUUACUUGGCCAUUGAUGAUGAUACUCAAUGGCUUGAUGAUGAGUCAUUUGUUUCUCAGCAUAAUCUUUAUCAUCAAAACUAUGUUUUCCAUCAUCAACAACCCAUUCAAGUUGGAGAAGCUACCUCCAACUUUGAAGGCUCUUCAUCAACAAACAUAAGCAGUGGACAAGAGAAGAAGGAAGCUAGACAUAGAUAUGCAUUCAAAACAAAAUCAGAGGUUGAAGUGUUGGAUGAUGGAUACAAGUGGAGGAAAUAUGGAAAGAAGAUGGUCAAAAAUAGCCCCAAUCCAAGGAAUUAUUAUAGGUGUUCAGUGGAUGGAUGUUCAGUGAAAAAGAGAGUAGAGAGGGAUAGGGAUGAUCCAACGUAUGUCAUAACAACCUAUGAAGGGAUCCACAUUCACCAUCCUUCUUCAUCUCGCUACUAGCUUUAUAUAUGUAAACUUAUUUAUCUUUACUAAGGUCUGUAAAUAAAGAAUAAUAUUAGAGGAAAUAUUUAUGCUAUUUCUUUUUGUGUUAGUAUAUAGUAUAGGAAGAGUUUCACCGGAAAUAUUGGUGUUCCAGUUGUUUUAACCGUUGAUCUGAAUUAUAAAAAAUAUAUAUAACAUAUAAUAAUUAAAAUCAACGGUUAAAACAACUGAAACACUGGUAUUCCCGGUAUACCUGAUAACUUUCCUAUAGUAUAUAGCACCAUGCAUAGUUUUCCACCUAAACAAAGGGUAAGACAUACAAUCGGCUUCUUUUACUAACAAUGUUGGUCUAGCUAGUUAGAUUAUAAGAUUGAAUUAAUCAAUAUUUACCAAAA